AAAAACGUGUCUCGGACACAAUGUUUGGGAUUUUUGCUGCGCGAAAGUUCAUUUGUUUCGCAGCGUGAAUUGGUGAAAUAAAAUUUCCAAGCCCCCGUCGCACCCAUCGCAGCCGAUUUUAUUCAUUUCCCUUUAAGUAUGGUGCACAUAAAUGUCCACUACAAAGGCGUUGACCAGGAAUCGGAUUAUAUUAAAAAGAGAGAGUGAGAGUGCCCUUUAAAAUAUGACAUGAUGUCCAAAUAGCGGUGCUUUCUGUCUUUCUACAGGUGAAAUGAACGAGAAUAUGUAGCGUUCUUACGCCUGCAGCCCGACUUCUUGGGACGUCGUCAGUACGUGCUCAUAAAUUUGAGAAUGAUGUCUUGGCUGAUCCAUUGGAUUAAACGCAAGCACGCGAGGAAAAAGAAGGAGAAACAUGUCAAUCGGCGUAACGGCCUCGUGGGUACGAGACAGGAAGAAGAAGGCCUUGCACGUGCCACACGUGGCCUGUGGUGCGCGGAUCUUUUUUUUUUACGUUUACGAAUUCGAAAUCGAGCAUAGUGUUGAGUGUUCUUUGCGCUCAGCUUGCUGAAACCGAAGCUGUAUAGGCGUUGGUCCCAACAACGAUGCUUGAUCAGGAGGUCAAUCCAGACAAGACCGUCACUCCGCUGGAUACGUUAGCAGAGCUCCUCAGCUUCAAGAGGCCGCCUCUGUGCACAGUGCAGCCGCUAAGGAACAUAAAACGAGGCAGACCAGAGGACCCAAAGACCCUUCUGUGCCAUGACAUAAUAAGUGGCUACCAGGAGGACAGGUUCAUCCAUGGUUCUUCCAAACACCAGAGCUACCGGUUUCACCACUGGCAAGUAAUUGACAGCUUCGUCUAUUAUUCCCACCACAUGGUCACAAUCCCACCUCCCGGCUGGAUAUCGGCCGCCCACAGGCACGGCGUCAAAGUUUUGGGAACCUUCAUUAUCGAGUCAUCUCAGGGCACGGAAGUUCUCGAUACCAUCAGACGUGACAACCUCCUGUCAAAAGUAGCGUCUCAACUGGCUCUCAUCGCAGCUCUCUCCCAGUUUGAUGGAUGGUUUGUUGACAUUGAGAGCAACGUGGAAAAAUGCCAUGCUGGGUUCCUGAAGGAGUUGCUUCUUGCCAUCACCACGGAGACGCACCAGUCUGUGCCCAAUUCGCUGGUCAUCUGGUAUGACAGCGUUGUGCACGACGGGACGGUGGACUGGCAGAACCAGCUCAAUGAGCAAAACUGUGACUUCUUCAACCUUUGCGACGGAAUAUUUCUCAACUCUCAUUGGACCGAGGACAUGCUCCAACAGUCGGCGUCCUUUGCUGGGCCCCGCAAGAGCGAUGUUUACGUCGGCAUUGAUGUCUACGCACGACUGACAAGUUACCGUGCUGGCUUUGAAACAUACAAGGUAGUCGAGACAGCACGUAAGCUCGGCUUGUCGGCAGCCAUCUUCGGUGCUGGUUGGGUGUACGAGGCUCAAGACAGGCGGAGGUUUAUAGCAAACCAGUGCCGGCUGUGGAGCUUCCCCGACCACUGCUGCACCGAAUGGCGCCUGAGAGAGCCGCCCAUCUCGACCACUUUCUGCCAGGGCUUUGGUGACAGCCUCUACAAGGAGGGGCAGGUAGUGUCGAAGAAACCGUGGUUCGACCUGUCUAAACAGCAGCUGCAGCCGCGUGACCAGAACACUUGGCUGUACAAAGGAUGUGGUUCGGUCAAUAUCUAUACAGAAGACGCAUACAGUGGGGGCGGCUGCCUUCGGUUUCGCUUCUUGCCCGACCCGGGACAGCCCGAGGCCGUGCCUUACUUUAGAUUGUUUGGAUGCGACUUCCCGCUGGGCCCUCUGACGGUGAGCUACACUUUCAAGCAGCAGAAGCCCUGCAGCUCAAUGGAGAAUGACAUUGUGCUGGUCUUGAAAGCAACAGCCAAGGGCGAGAGAGAGGAGCUCCUGCUGGGUGUCGUGGUUACUGUACCUAACGAGGAAUGUUAUGCUGUGGUUCACGACAUCUCCAUGUCCAGAUCCAACAACAGCCCAGAUGUUUCUGGAAACAGUUGGAUAACCAGGAAAUACAGCAUUGAGGACCUGAGAACCACCGACUGUGCCAUUCUGGAAGAGAUAGGCUUCUCAUUUGUCUCGCCACAAGCAAACAUUUGCCUCUUGGGUGAGCUUGUGGUGGACCGGCCAGAAAAGAUGAAGAGCAAUCAGGCAGCAGCUACAAGCAACGAUGGAAAUGACGUUUCUGACGACUCCGGUCCCGAGGCGGCAAUGUGUAGCGAUGGAGACGAUUCUGAAGAGCCAGAGAAGCAGCCACCGCAAGCCAAAAACAGCACAUCAUGAUAGACGCCACGUUGGCAUUGUAUUCGACUUUAAAAUUUUGCACUCUCGUUUUGAAUAAGCAACAGAAGGCGUCUGCUUUUGUAAUAUACCGUAUAUGUGUACAGAACAUUAUAAACACAUUGUUACUUGA